AUGCAGAGGGCAUGCGAAAUGGUCGUAUCUUUGCUACGGACGGAUGCCAUGACCCAAAAGUGCCCAUUCCACGUACUGAACGUCCAGAUACUUGAGUUGUUGCAGAAGGAGGGACUCAUUAGGGGCUUCGCCAUCAAGGGGACAAAAAUUGACAUUCUGCUUAAACAUUAUAAGGGCGCACCGGUCAUAAGAAACAUUCGAGUCGUUUCGAAGCCAAGCAGAGACAUUUGGUUAACACCCCACGAGUUGAAAUUCCGCACACGGUUUAACACUGGCCUGUGGGUUAUGCAAACCAGCUGUGGAGUGAUAAGCCACAGGGACUGCAUUCGAAUGGGGGUUGGUGGGAAAAUGUUGUUUGCCGUUAAUAAUGGGUAUCAGCAUUUUUGCUAG